AUGAUCAUUGAAAAUAUAUCGGCUUUUGAAUUUUAUCCUGAUCCAGUGAAAAAUUUGCAUGGAUAUCAACUGAAUGUUGGUAUAAAGCAACCGAACUACCGAUCGUAUAUUUCAAAAACCUGUGAAACCCAUGUUCAUUUAGGUGGAUAUUUGGGAUUGCUGUUUACGGAAUUCGCACGUCAACACAACGCCACAUUACGAAAGCCAAAUAGAGGGGAGAGAGUUCAAUUCUUUUACAUAAGUAAAGAUUUACACAAGCUUCUGGAAAACCAAACCUAUGAAAUGCUGGCCGAACUUUCGUUGGAUAUAUUUCAAACAAACACGGAUUUCAGUGUAACCUAUAAUUUUUUGGAUUGGUGUCUGAUGUUACCCAUGGAACAGCCGUUAGGCUCAUACAACUUCUAUGCUAUAGCUUUCGAAAAGAAAAUUAUACUUGCAAUGCUGGGGUUCCUGUUUGUAUUCUCCAUGCUUUUGGAAAUAACGUCAUGCCGUCGAUUUUCGCCACGCAACAUCAUUCUCAACAUCUAUGUUUUCAACGGCCUGUUAGGCCAACCAUUUCCAAUGCAACCAAACCCAUUGACAAUUCAAAUGUUUCUGUAUUCUUUAAUUUUCCUACAAGGUCUAAUAUUCAAUACUGCUUUUGUAACACAGCUGCAAACACUAAAGGCCACACCAACCACAGAAAAAGCCAUACGAACUGUGGCAGACAUGGAAAAAGCAAAUUUGAAAUUUGGCAUUGUUCAAGAUGAAGUGGAUAUUUUAAAAUCUCAAGGUAUUUUUGAUGAAUUUCAAAGUGUUAGUCAAAUAAUGGAACCCCUUGAAUUUUUUCGACGUCGUGACGGAUUUGAUUCCCGUUAUGCCUACAGCGUGCCCUUCGAUCGUUGGGUAAUCUACGAAGAGCAGCAACGUUAUUUUCAAAUGCCAAAAUUUCGAAUAUCCAAUAUUUGUUUAGUCAAAACUAUGGGCAUGGCAAUACCUCUUCAAGCUAAUUCGCCUUAUAAAAAUGCCAUAGACACAAUGAUCGGACGUCUCAGCAAUGGUGGUAUUAUCAACUACUGGAAGUCAAUGGCUUUUUGGGAAGCCGUAAAAAGGAAGCAAAUGCCUUUAAGCGAUACCAGCCAGAAAUUUAAAUUUACUGCAAUGAAAUUAGAGGAUAUGCAACUGAUAAUUCCACUAUUUGCAAUAAUGCUGGCAUUUAUUUUAAUGUGUUUUCUGGCGGAACUGUAUUGGUAUUAUAGGGACGAAUUGCUAGAGUCGCCGGAAUCCAGUGUUAAAAUGUCAAGUGCUUUGAACGUUACACUCCUGCUGACAUUCGUGCAAUUGUCGACAUUUGAGAGUGAUUUUGGAAAAAGUUUAGCAGAGCUCACAAAGGCAUGA